AUCUCAACAAUGUUGUUGUGCGCCGUUUUAGCCGUUGUGGUCGUCUCUGCAAAUGGGUGUUGUGCCCCUGAGAGGUUCAGUGCCUACCAGUUGACGGCAGGCCUAGAGAUGAUCAAGGGCUCUCCCAAAUCUGAAGUGGGACUGUCCAAGUUCUUCCACGACGGUGCCACCGAGAGAUCUGCAGUGGUGGUCGAGUAUGCCGCAGAGGGCGGACGGAAUCGCAUGAAGAUUAUAUCGGAUCACAGAAAUAAGCGACGCUACAUAAUCAACACUAAAACUAACGCCUGCACCGUAAAGACCAUCAACUUGCCAUUCCGUAGAUUCUGUACAGAUUCCUCCAGGCACUUGUUUGAGGUAAACCUGGGGUAUGGAGACAAUUCCCUGACAGCGCGUGCAUUUUACAAGGAGAUGGACUCUCAGGACGGCAGAUACAAAGUCGGCCAUGUUUUCCUUGUCAGUGACGCAUGCAUACCGCUACAGGGAGAGAACUUCGGUCUCGGCCAACUGAACUUUCUGUUAUCGACUGGCUGGGGGUCGUUCAGUACCGACUUUGAUGACUCCGUGUUCGAUCCCCCACCCACCUGCCCUACGCUGUCCUGUUCUCAGAAAGAUGAUGUGAAUAUUUUUGAAAUCAUUCGGAACAAGGGCACCCUGAAGUAUGGGACGCUGUAACCGCCUACUACACAGAUUGGAUCGUCAACGACGUGACAGAAUGUUUACAACGUGAUCCUGGUCACCAGAAAUAGCAAGAACAACAACAUUAAUGUAGCUGACCUGAUUCAUCUGUAAACGUUCUUUCAUAUACAGUAAACUACGGUUAUAACGAACUCGAGGGGACCACUUAGUUUAAUUCGUAAUAACCUUAGUUCGUUGUAAGCAUACAUACAGUAUAUCUACAACAAAUGGUCGGGACUAAAAACUAAGUUCGUUAUAUCCGUCAAUUCGUUAUAAGCGUGUUCGUUAUAAACGUAGUUUACUGUAGUUGAUGAUGGGCAAAAUAUGAACGUUGAAACAUGUCCCUCUCGCUGUACUAUGUCAUCUAUGUCAAUAUUGUUGCAGAAUAAACAGUUGAGCAUU